CAUUCCUUUUAGAGUAUACCGCCAGGGAUCUCUCACAACCAACGAAGCAACCAGUCAGUGAUAAAGCGGGCGGGAAUCAGACCGUCCACAGCUGGUUAAUGUCAAACGUUACGGACAAUAAUUGAAACACACUAGUUGACAUCUCAUGUUCAUCGUCUUUGACGCCAUUAUGAAAUCAUGUCUGGUGUAUAGUGCAUUAGGCGAUAAUAUUACUCGAUCAUCUUUCCAUGCAGUCGAGGAAGGCAUAGUCAUUUUGUUAAUCAACCAAGACGUGCAUUUAUACCACUUCAUCUGCAUGGGCAACUGUAACUCGGCAAACUUACGAUGACGUCAUUGUGAAAGUGACUAUGUUUUCGCGCCAUUUUUGGGAGAUUCCAUUUUGACGUUGCUGUACAUAUUAAAUGCAACAUAAAUGUGCAAUGUACGUUGGGUUCGUCACGAAGCCAUAAGUAUAUCCGUCCCCAUCCACAUGCAAGGGAAUAAUUAUUACUUGGAGAUGUGUUUCUGCUUUCCCUUGGCAGCUCGUAAUUAAUUUCACGGUUUGGAAAUGCUUGAGGUCUAAUCCCACAUCUCGUUAAUGAGGGACGCGGCAUGGUGAGCAAAGUUGAAAAACAUCCUUGUGUUACGUCAUCACUAUUCGACACUCUGCAGAAUGUUUUUGUUGUUAUAUUAGAGGCCAUUGCGUGGGGACAGAACACAAUUAUUGGUACCGGCGUAUCAGUGUCAGUUGUGAUUUAAUCUCACGGCGUACGACCAGAUUUUAUUCAGCUCGUAAAUUUCCCUACCAAGCAAGUGCGCCAUGAUGUUCAGUACUGUUAGCUCGCUUCAUGUUUUCUGACCAUAAUUACAUUGCCACGGUCACACCAUAACAACAUAGGACGCCGAACUUAUGUCGUUAACCAGAUCCCAUCCCACGUAUUCUUCAACGAAGCGUCUAACUUUAUUGUGUUAGGUAAUUUGGGGAUGGAGUGACUUUAAGGAUUGACAAAUAAAGGCAUGCCUGAGUGCAGUGAUAACAGCUCUGGUCGGUGAGGCGAGAAAGCUCGCAUUGAGAGAGAGAGGGACGAACUGAAGGAAUUUCUCUCUCGGUGAUUUGUUUUGGUUUUCUCGGUGCAUAAAUCACAGUGUUGCUUCUUCUUGUGUUGGGGCGGUCUCGUGUGUGCCUUCAGUCCGCAGAGUGCAGGGGCUUGAUGCAUCUCGCGUGCGGGUUGUGAGUUCGGCACAUCUUGGUUUCUACAUUCAGGCUGCGCCGUCCACUGCAUGCAUGACAUGACUGCCACAAAUACUCGGUGUACAUUUUGCUCAACUACAAUCAAGUAUUACCGUAGUAGUAUCGCACGGUAUAAUUUCAAGAGAUAGUCUGUCAUCGCCCAAUUAACAUCCGUUUAGCAUUGAAAACUUUCUACGGGUGCUCUCGUCCGUGUUUCCUAGUUUUCUAGGACACUGUUCGUACACUUGAAAAGACCUACUGGUAUGCUGGUCUGGAGAAGGCGUUGAUGGAAAAACAGAACAACUUUUGUAACUUCCACAAGCCGAGUCAACACAUCUAGGUGCCGAAACAUGACUGGGUCGUCCAUUUGUUAAGGUUUACCGCCCUAGUGUCGUGUGUCAACAUGGGGCAGAGGGCUGCCAAACAACAAAUACAGAAAGGUUUAAAGCUUUAUAAUAACACCCAACAAGAGCAGGCAGUGAGGAAAUGGAAAGGUGCCCUAAGCAAGGUAGGAGACAAACGUCUCAAGUUUGUGCUCCUUGGUCACUUGGCCUGGGCCUAUGGUGACUGGGGUGACCAUCGCGAAAUGCUCGGCUACGCUAUCCAACAGAUUGACAUCGCUAACGAGGUGGAUGAGCCAGAACUGCGUGCAGAGGCCUACCUAAAUCUCGCGAGGGCUAAUGAGAAACUCUGUGAGUACCACAAGGCCAUGUCGUAUGCCCGACACAGCAUGAACAAUACUGCAUCUCAAGAGGACCCUUUGGUGGGGCCGAUUCAUCUCUGUCUUGGCAACGCCAAUCAUGGAUUCGGACACUUCCAGCAGGCCUUGGAUAACUUAGACAAAGCACUCAAAAUGGCCGUGAAGACGGGAGACAGGGGGUUGGAGUGUAACACUUACGGAGAUUUAGCUGAGGUGUAUAUGAGUUUGAAGGAUUAUGAUAAAGCAUUGAGAUACUCGGUGAAGGCGAGUGAACUGGUGAGAUGCAGGGGGCAGGAAUGGAGUCAGAAACUCAGGGCUGUUGUGCAACUUAAUCUUGCCACUCCUUAUCGAAAGCUUGGAAAGAUGGACCUGGCUAUGGACUAUUGUGAGGAGGCAAUGAAAAUGGCACUGCAGCUGAGUGAUCGAACCAUCCAGGCUCGAUGCCUUUGUAUCUUUGCCGACAUCCAUCGGAAACGUGGAGAUUGUGAGAGGGCUUACCCGCGCUACGAAUCUUCUCUAAGUAUCGCUGUGGAAGUCGCCGACAGACUUGGACAACUCCAGGUUCUGUCUGGGAUGGCAAAGACACUUGUUAUGAUGAGGCAAUUCGAUAAGGCUGUGGAUGUAAACAAACAAGCCUUGGAACUCGCAACAGCAAUGGGAAACAAAAUGUGUAUGCUGCGAUCUCAUUGGCUAAUGCACCAGCUUCACCGAGCCCUGGGUAAUCCAAAGGCAUCCCAAGACCACGCCUCCAAGUUUGACCGCUACCUGAGAGACUUGGCUCUCUACUGUGGCGUUUGUCAUGAGGUGAUUGGGAGCCGCCAUGACAGUCUGCAUGUCAUGUCGUGCUGUCAUAUAUAUCACACAAGGUGCUCCGAAACCAGUACGUUCAAGGCGAGAGGGUGCCCAAAUUGCAAAAAGAUGCUAACGGUGCCAAUAUUCGUUUGAAAUACUGUCUUGCAACCCACGAGUUCUACUCCAGUUUCCUCUACACCUUCACUCAAAAGCCUUCCUUCUAAAAUAAUAAGCAAUACAAGCAGUGCUUGUAACCUGCACGCUAAUAAAGCAGCUGGAAACAGUACUCAUUAAAUCUGCUUUAUGUGAAUGGGAGACUUUGAGGCGCUAGGUGGCAGCAGACUUACCAGGUAUAUUGCCAUUGUUUACGUAGUUCUGAGCCAAUAGCACAUUUUACCGAGAACAGUGGAUUUUACCUGGUAAGUCUGCUGCCACCACGCGUCCUGAAAGUCCCCCAUUGGCCUGUAACGUUUGAUUUUUGUUGUUCAGAUAAUGAUUACUCCUGCAGACCGCGUUUGGAAUGCCGUGUCUAAAGGUGGACGAUGAUACGUAGUGCAUGUCGGAAUGAUUGAAAAUGACCGAGGCAACAAAAACAAUCACAAAAUUGUCACCAGGACUCGGUUUCUUCUUCGUGUUUGCGAGAUCGUAAUAAGCACAGGUGGAUGCAGAAACACGUGAACUAAACUUGUUCUGCCUUAACGUGGCCAGCCAACAAUUUUGGAGAAAUUGGUUAAAUGACUUAUGACUAUAAUUAUGAUGUAAAGCGGAAAUUAAGUUUCUCGUCCAAAACCAAUGACUUUAAAUACAACAUUUACUGGUACUUUUAUUAUCAGAAUAAAGAAAGCUUUAGUGACUCUUCUU